AUGAACAUGCAUCACAAUUCAAAGCGGAUCACCCGCGCAGUAUUUGACUCAAUGACCCCGAAGACAAUUUACAAUGGUGUUCCAGUUCUCGAAGGUGUUGAUACUAGUACGCUCGCAUGGUCAUCACAUGGACAUACGUCGCAUGAAGUUCCAAUGUUGGAUACUAAACGAAGAGGUUCUGCUACGUACAAUAUGGAAGACAGUGUCAACUCGAUACCUGCUACAGAAGGGAGUUUUGUUCAAUCAAGGCGAAAAUUUCUACCAGGACCUUUUCAGCGAUUGUUGCGCUCAUGGAUAGUCUUUCGAUGGAAACUCUCGCGAGUUUGUUUCUCAGUGCCAGUACCACUUCUCACAUCACUAACAAAUCUAAAACUUGGAGACGUGUUAGUCACGAUUCCCAUUGUUCUAGGAACGGUCGCAUACACUGCACUGCAAGCGAAAGCGCGACAGGUUGUAGCCACGGGAAUACCGUCAUCCAUUGCUUUGGCUUUUGUCUUUGCCUUUGCUGUUCGAAAUAACUCAGUGUUACUUGUAUGUACGGGCAUUCCUUUUGAGCGCUCUCUCUUUUAUCACAAAGUGGCAGCAUUGGUCACAAUCGUCGUCUCAGGUCUACACGGAUGUGUCUCUCUAUCAAAUCAACACAAAAGUGAGCGAACACUCAUGAAUUACCAUGUUCUUAGUGGCAUUGGAACACUGUUUGCUUUGUCUCUCAUCUAUUUACUAUCAUUAAACUUUAUACGACGGAAAUUUUUUGAAUUCUUUGUUCGAGCUCAUUGGCUUCUCUUUCUUGUCGUGAUAGUUGGUGCUUUAUUCCAUGGUGCAACGCAUGUGGUCCUCGGGGUCACACCUUGGGCAAUUGAUAUGCUCUACCGCUUAGGGUAUCGAUCUCGUGUCUACACUCACGGGUCUUUCCGUACUUCCCACAAGGGCGUGAUUGCACAUGAUCAGAUCUCUAUUUGUGCACUACCCGGAAAUAUUACUAGAAUCCAAUUUCCACGAGUUCGACAAGAUUCAGGUGAGACUUUUGUGUACGAAGCUGCGAUGGUGACAUUUUAUAUCAAAGCAUUGGGAAAGUGGACGACGAAGUUAUUGGCUGUAGCACUCAAGCGCGAAGCUUGCGCCAUGAGACUAGACGGGCCGUCCGUAUUCAAUCUAUUCGUAGAUGGACCCUACGGUAAGCUCUCGAUCGAUUUAGCCUCACCGACUCUGUACUCACAUGUCGUACUAUUUUCUGGUGGUAUUUGCAUGACUCCAAUGCGUUCGAUUGUUAAUUGGCUACAUCACGAGUGUUAUUACCGAAAUCGUGGGACGAUUCCUCAUGUCAGAUUUAUCUGGUCGGUUAAAGAGAUAGAAACAAUUCGAAGUUUACUUAUGCGAGACGAACCAAGACGAGAUAGUUGCCUUGAAGUGGAUGAAGUAGCGUCUUACAUUCCACACAUUCUUGCUCACCCACAGAACACAAAUCAAGCAACUGAUGCAUUCGUUAGUGAAAUUUAUUUAACAAGAGACGAUAUGAAUGUAGAAGCUCAAACUUUUCCGGAGCUUAUCAACUGCUUGCAUACCGAAAUUCGACCUGAUACAAUCGCUAUACUUCGUGAAAUGGGUGACGAAGCUAAGAACAGUGGUAAGGAUCGAGUCGCUGUGUUAGUCUGUGGACCGCCUGCUCUUGUCGAUGAUAUUCUCUACGCAAGUCGGAAACUUGCUCGAGAGUUAAAAGUGCACUUUGAUGUGCAUCAAGAAACAUUUCAACUCUAG